AUGCGCGCGCAGGGGCCGGGGAUGCCGCCGGGGCCUCACCACCCGCCGUACCCCGCGCAGGGAAUGGCGCACGGCCCAGCAGCGCCCCAUGCGCCGCAGUACCCCGCGCUUCCGGGGUCCGCCCCUCCCCACCCCCUGCCUCACGCUCCCCCUUCGCCUUUUGCGCCUCCUCCGGCUUUUGCGCCUCCCGUUCCCCACGGCGCUCCCCCGGCUCCAGCUGCCGCGCAGCAAGGGUUUUACCCGGGGGGAGCGCCGCCGCUGCUCACUCCCGGCCCCCCUCCUCCGCCGCUCCCCGCCGGAGCAGCAGCGGCGGGCCCAACCCCCCGCUCGCGCCGCGAGCCCCCACUUCCCCCCGCGUGGCUGCAGGCGGCCGCCGCCAUGGCGGCUGUGAUCUCCGGCGGCGGCCCCCCGCUCCCCGCGGGGGAAGAGCUCCCCUGGGAGAAGGGCGGAAAGAAGGGCGCGGGGAAAGGCGCAGGCGGAGGGGUGAAGGGGGGGAAGAAGUCGAGGUGGGACCGGGAGGCGCAGGGGAAAGUGGAGGAGAAGGUGGAGGAAAAGGAGGAGGAGAAGGAGAAAGGGAAGGAAGGCGGGGGAGCGGAAGAAGGUGGUGGGGACAAGGAGGGGGGAGAGGGGGAUGAGAAGGGAGGAGUGGGGAAGCAAGGAGAGGGGAAUGAGGAAGCAACCAAGGAGAAAGAGGGGGAGGGAAAGGAGGGAAAGGAGGUAAAGGAGGGGAAGGAAGAGAAGAAGGAGGAGGAGGCGGAGGAGGGAGUGGAGGCGUGGACGGCGCAUAAGACGGAGGAGGGCACGGUGUAUUAUUACAACACUGUCACCGGCCGCUCCACCUACCACAAGCCUAAAGGCUUCAAGCUGCAGGAGGACAAGGUGGAGAAGCAGCCCACUCCCGUCGCAUGGGAGCGAGUGCAGGGCACGGACUGGGCGCUGGUGUCAACGAGUGAUGGCAAGAAGUACUUUUACAACACCGCCACGCAGGACACGAGCUGGCAGGUGCCGGGGGAGGUGCAGGAGGUGCGGAAGAGGCAGGAGGCGGAGGAGGAGGAGCGGGCGCGCGCCGCCAGCAAGCUCUCCUUCUCGUUGGCAGGGCGGGGGGGCGCGGGGGCGGCGGGCAAGGCAGGCGCAGCAGCAGCGGGGAAGGCGACGGCGCUGGAGGUGGUGAAGAAGAAGCUGCAGGCGGGCGCAGCAGCAGGGGGGAAGGCGACGGUGCUGGAGGUGGUGAAGAAGAAGCUGCAGGACGCGGACAAGGAGAUGAAGGCGGGCGUAGCAGCAGCUGCUGCUGCUGGCGUGGCUGCUCCAACUGCUGCUGCUGCUGCGACGACCAAGAGUGGAAAGGGCAGUGCAGGAGCACAGGGUGGGGAUGGGAAGGAGGUCAAGGGAGUCAAGGCAGUCAAUGGGGAGAAGGAGGGCGAAGAAGGCAAGGACGGGGGAGAGGAUGGUGGAGGGGAGAGGGAAGGUGGUGGAGACGUGGCACAGGGCAAGGAAGGGGAGGGGAAGGAGGGCGGGGAAAAGGGCGGUGGGGAGAAGGAGGGUGAGGAGAAGGGGAGUGAGGAGAAGGGCGGGGCGGAGGUUCCACUGGAAGACCUGAGCUUGGAAGAGAGGGCGAUGAAGUUUCGUGAGAUGUUGAAGGAGAAGGGAGUGGCGCCAUUCUCCAAGUGGGAGAAAGAGCUGCCCAAACUCAUCUUCGACGCGCGCUACAAGGCCAUCCCAUCACUGCCAGAGCGGCGGGCCAUAUUUGAGGAGUUUGUGCGCACGCGGGCGACGGCGGAGCGCAAGGAGAAGCGGUCGGCACACAAGGCGGCUGUGGAGGCGUUCAAAGUCUUGCUGGAUGAGAUGGAGGAGAGCGGGGACCUGACACAUGAGUCAACGGUGGAAACGCUACAGGGCGAUGGCAAGUGGGGCUCUGACCCGCGCCUGCUGGCCGCAGCGCUGGAGGACAAGGACCGCCUCGCACUCCUCAAUGAGCGGGUGGUGCCGCUGAAGCGGUUGGAGGAGGAGAGGCAGCAGCAGCGCAAGGAGGCGGCAGAAGAAGCGUUUGUGGAGAUGCUGAAAGAGUACUGUGGCAAGCGCUACAUCGCGCUCUCCUCCCGCUGGUCCAAGCUGCGGGAGGAGUUGAAGGAGGACGAGCGGUACAGUGCGGUGGAGCACUGGGAGGACCGCGAGCGGCUGUUUGACACGUUCAUGGACGGGCUGCAGCGCGAGGAGGAGGAGAAGGAGAGGGAGGCGCGCCGGCGAUGGGAGGAGGAGGAGCGGAAGCGCGAGCAGGAGCGGGAGGAGAAGAGGCUGCGGCAGCGCGAGGAGGAGAAGAAGGAGAGGGAGCGGGCGCGCGUGCGGCGCCGGGAGGCCAAGGAGGACUUUGAGGACCUGCUGCGCCGGGAGAUACAGACGCCCAAUGUAGGGCGGGGGGAGAAGGGCGGAAGGGAGGAGGGGGGGAAAGGAGGGGAAAUGGGGGGAGAGAGGGAGGAAGGAAGGGAUGAUGGGGUUGGUGGGGGAAGGGAUGAUGGGAUAUCAUGGAUAGACGCGCGGGAGAAGCUGGAGGAGGACGAGGCGUCGUGCUAUUGGAACAAGGAGCUCACCAGCCGUGACCGCCAGGACCUCUUCUACGAACACAUGGCCCGCCUCAUCAAGCGCGUGCAGAGGGAGCUGUCAGUGGCCGCCAUCUCUGAGGCUCGCUUGUUGACUCCACUCAAAACAUCUCUCCGCGUGCAGAGGGAGUUCCGCGAGCUACUGGAGGAGGGGCUCUCACGCGUGCAGCGAGAGUUCCGCGAGUUACUCGAGGAGGAGCUGUCAGUGGCCGCCAUCUCCGAGGCUCGCUUGUUGACUCGACUUCAAACAUCUCUCGUCCGCCCCCCCCUCCCCCCCCACUCUCUCUCCCCCCAACAGCGCGUGCAGCGAGAGUUUCGCGAGUUGCUCGAGGAGGAGCUGUCAGUGGUUGCCAUCUCCGAGGCUCGCGAGGACGGGCUGCGCCUCGCCUCCUCCUGGCCCGAUGCUAAGUCCGUGCUUCGGCACCAGGACCGGUACCGCGAUCUGGUUCGGCACGAGCGGGAGGAGCUGUGGCGCGAGCAUGUGAGGAGCCUGGAGGGGGAGUUGAGGGAGGCUGGGGUGAUUGAUGACGAGGGGCAGGAGGUUGAUGUUGCUGCUGUGAAGAGGGAUCGGAGGCGGCGGAGGAGGAGGAGGGAGCGGGAAGAGGAGGAGGAGGAUGAGGAGAAGAGGGGUGGAGGUGGGGAGAAGGGAGAGGAUCAGGAGGAGAGGGGAGAAAGGAGGGCGUUGGGAGAGGGUGGAGGGGAGAUGGAGGGAGAGGAGGAGAGGAGGGAGGGGGGUGAGGGGAAGGCGGAUGAAGAAGGGGAGAAAGAGGGGAAAGGGGUGGGUGCGAAAGAGAGGGAGGAGGCGGAGAGAGGAGAAAGAGAUGGCACUCAGGUGGAAGAGGAAGAUAAGGAAGAGGAGGAGAAGGAGAAGGAGAAAGAAGAGGAGAAGGUAGAGGAGGAGAAGGAAGAGAAGGAAGAAAAGGAAGAGAAUGUUGAGAGAAAGAGUGAAUUGGGAAGCAAUGCAAUUGGAGGCGAAGGAGAGGCUCAGGGGGAGCAUGGUGUGGAGGACGGGAGGCAAGGAGAGGAGAGCGGAGAGGAUGGAGGGGGGAGCGGUAGGGGAGAUAUGAACAAGGAAGGGAGCGAGAAGGAGAAGUGGGAGGAUGAUUUGAGGGGCGAGGUUGGGGAGACAGGCGGGGGGAUGGCUAGGCAGCCGGGGAAGGAGACGGGAGAGGAGGGUUCAGGUAGGGAGGGAGAACGAGGAGAGGACGAAGAGGAGGAGAAGAGUAAGAUGUCUGAGGGAAAGGAGAAGGAGAGAGGAAGGAAGAAGCGGGUUGAAGAUGGGGACGAGAAGGAAGAUGACGAGGAGGGGUGGGGUAAGGAGCACAAGCACAAGCACAGACACAGGGAGAAGCGAGAGGAAAGGCGCGCGGACAAGGAGAAGGAGAAAGAGAAGGAGAGGGAGAGGGAGAAGGAGAGGAAGAUGGAGAAGGAGAGGGAGAAGGAGAGGGAGAAGGAGAGGAAGAAAGAGAAGGAGAGAGAGAAAGAAAGGAAGAAGGAAAGGGAGAAGGAGAGGGAGAGGGAGAAGGAGAAGGAAAAGGAGAGGGAGAGGGAGAGGGAGAGGGAGAGGGAGAGGGAGAAGGAGAAGGAGAAGGAGAAGGAGAAGGAGAAGGAGAGGGAGAGGGAGAGGGAGAGGGAGAGAGAGAGGGAGAAGGAGAGGGAGAGGGAGAAGGAGAGGGAGAGGGAGAGGGAGAAGGAGAGGGAGAGGGAGAAGGAGAAAGAGAAGAAGAGGAAUAAAGGACGAGAUGAAGAGAGGGAUGUAAAACGCCGGUACCGGAAGAGGGAGGAUAGCGAGGAGAGUGGCAGGGAGGAGGAAGAGGAGAAGGAUGGGGGGGAGGAGACGGAUGAGAAGGCGAAACGGGGAAGGCGACAUGGGCAUGAGCACAAGCAUAGGCGUGAGGGGCGUGAGAGGGGGGAGGAGGAGGAGGAAGGGAAGAAGGAGAAGAGGCGUGAGAGGGAGAAGAAACGAGAAGGGCGAAAAGAGCGUGAUUCUGACGAAGAAAGGGAGGAGGGGAAGAGGACGAAGCGAAGUGGUAAGGAUGGUGAGAGGGAGGAGGGGGGAGAAAGCGAGGGAGGGAAAAGGAAGGAGAGGGAGGGGAGGGAUGAGAGGAAGAAGAAGGGAAGGGAGAGGAGGCAGAGUAGUGAUGAGGAAGGGGGCCAUGGUGAGGACGAGGAGAGGCAAGGGACGCACCGAGGUGAAAUGAAAAGGGAGGGUCAUGGUGGACGGAAGAGGGAAAGGGAUGAUACGGAUAACGACAGUGCUGAUGAUGGCAGUGUGGAGAGGGUCAGGAGAAAGGGAGGUAGGGAGACGAGGAGGAAGGAUGAGAAGAGGGAUAGGCGGGGAGGUGAUGAGCGGGAUAGGAGGGGAGGAAACGAGAGGGAUGAUUCUGACGAUGACAGGAAGAGAGGACGGAGGGAGGAGAGUGAUGGGGACAGCGAUGGUGGAGCGAAGAGUAGGGGUAAAGGAAAGCACAUGGAUCGAGAUAAGGGCGACAGGGACAGCGGUAGGGCCGGAAGGCACGGCGAUCGGAGAGACGAAGAGUGGAAGAAGGGUAAGCGGAUGGAGAAAGGGCGAGGAGGCGUGUCAGAUGAUGAUGAGAGUGAUGGAGAGAAGAGCAGGAAGAAUCGGGAGGAGGAGAGGAGAGGCAAACACAGGUAUGUGAGGGAUGAGAGUGGUGGUGAGGAGGAAGAGUCUCGAAACACAGGGAAGGGGGUGAAGACUCCAGAGAAGAAAGGACGGAAGGAGAAAGCGAGAGAAGACAGUGUCGAGGAUGAGAAGAGGAAGCGAAAGGCGGACGGGUCAGACUCUAGUGGAGGAGACUCAGACAAGGGGAGUGGGGGUGGUGGGAAGCGGGGGAGUGGGAGGUCGAGGGGAGGUGGCAAAUCGGAUGAUAGCGAUGAGGAGAGGAGGAGGAAAGGCAGGAAGGAAGAAAGUGACAAGGAGAGAGAGGCUGGGAAGGCGAGAGGAAGGGAGGAGGAAGAAGAGUCGGAAAAGGAAAGAGCUGCUGCUCUCCGCUAUGGGCCUGAUACCCCUGAGAGCUCCCGUGGUGCUGCGGUGAGUGAUAGAGAGGAGAAGAAGAGUGGUGGGGAGGCGAUGAAGAGCGAUGGGGAAGGACAAAUGAGAGAUGAGGCAAGAGGCAAGAGAGAAAGGAGUCCGAGCAGUGAAAGGAGCGAGGAGUCGGAGGGGGGGGUUGGAGUGAGAAGGGCGAGUGAGGAGAGGCGAGGGAAGAAGGAGAAUAUUGAGGAUGGGAGUGAGGGGCGAGAUACUUCCAGGAAGAGGGAUGGGAGUGAGAGUAGGAGGGAGGGGGAGGAGAGCGGCCGAGAGGAGCAGGAGGAGAAGAGGAGAUUGGUGAAGGAGCGAGAGGAGAGCGAGCAGCGUGUUAGGGGGAAGGAGACGUCAGCUGGGAGCAGCAGUGAGGGCGACGAGGGGAGGAGCGCGAGGAGGAGUGGGGAUAGGCAUGUGGGGAGGGGGCGAGAUGUGGAGGAGGAGGAGAGCUCAAAGAAGCAUGAGAAGAAGCGGGAGGGCAGGGGCAGUGAGGGGAAGAAACGGGGCAGCCACUCAGGAGAGAAGGCGAGGCGGAAAGUGAAGGAGGAGAGUGGCAGCGAGAGGAGCGGGCGUGUGGAGAGUGAGAGGGACGGCAGUGAUGGGGAUGAGGGGAAGGAGGUCAGCAGAAGGUCUGAUAGGAAGGGUAGCAGCAGGAGGCAGGAGAAGCAGUCUCGUGGGGGGUAUGCGAAGGAGAGAGGUGAGAGGGCAGGGAGUGUUGGCAGCAGUGAUGGCAGCAGGGGGAGUGGAAGAGAGAGGUAUGAGGAAGGGAGCAGACGUAAGGCUGGUGCCAGUGGGUGGGAGUGGGAGAGGAGCAAAGAUAGGAAGGGAAGUGAGAGUGAGAGUGAUGGGGAUAGGCGCAGGGAGAGGGAGAAGCGCAGGCACAGUGGGAGGAAGAACAAGCGGGAGAGUGAUGAGAGUGAUAGCGAAUCAGAGAGAAGUGGAAGGAAAGAGCGAAGGGAGAGGAGGAGCGGAGGAGGGAAGGGGAGGCAUGAGAAGAGGGAAAGGGACAGGAAGAACAGUGGGAGGGGCAGGAGAGGCGUGGAGAAGGGGAGUGAUAGUGAACAGCGCAGUGCGAGUGAGAGUGGGAGUGAGUGA